UAACCGGGCGCUUUGAACGCAAAACGGAGCGUAGUGCCGCAAUAAAACUUUUUAAAAUAUUAUUUGUGGGGACUAAAUCUCAGGAAUACAAGAUGUAUAUCAAGGAAAUAAUCAUCGAUGGAUUUAAGUCAUAUGCACAGAGGACGGAAAUCAAGGGAUUCGACCCUCUCUUCAACGCAAUUACUGGAUUGAACGGUUCUGGAAAGUCAAACAUUCUCGACUCGAUUUGUUUUUUGUUGGGGAUUUCCAAUUUAACACAGGUUCGAGCUGGCAGCUUACAAGAACUGGUGUACAAGGGAGGCCAAGCAGGUGUCACAAAAGCAACUGUCACAAUAGUCUUUGACAACAGAGACAAGAAGCAGAGUCCAGUAGGAUAUGACAGCUUUGAUGAAUUCACAGUCUCAAGACAGGUUGUAAUAGGUGGUAGGAAUAAGUACCUGAUCAAUGGUAGCAAUGCAAACAAUAGCAGAGUACAGGAUCUUUUCUGCAGUGUUCAACUCAACGUCAACAAUCCACAUUUUCUCAUUAUGCAGGGGAGAAUCACUAAAGUACUGAACAUGAAACCUCCAGAGAUUCUCUCCAUGAUAGAGGAAGCAGCUGGCACACGUAUGUAUGAGAACAAGAAGGCCUCUGCUCAGAAAACAAUAGAGAAGAAAGAUGCUAAGCUCAAAGAAAUUGAAUCAGUACUAAAUGAAGAGAUCACUCCCACCCUGACCCGUCUCAACGAGGAGCGCUCCUCCUACCUGGAGUAUCAGAAGGUCUUGAGGGAGCUGGAUCACUUGACCAAGCUCCAUGUGGCAUACCAGUUUGUCUCCGCCGAGAAGCUCUCUAAGGAGUCGGAGCAGGAGCUGGCCAAGAUCGCAGAGGCAACCAACGCCCUCAGACAGAGGAUGAAAGAGAUUGAUGACAAAGUUGUUGAGCUGGGGGAUACCAUCCAAGCCUUGGAGAAGGAGAGGGACGAGGAGGCCGGUGGAGUAUUAAAGGAGAUAGAGAAGCGCCUUGUGGAAACACAGAAUGACGAUACCAAGAUCCAGAGCUCACUGCAACACAAGAAAGAAGCAGUCAAUAAGGAGAAGAAGAAUAAGAAGGCUAUUGAGAAGAGCUACACAGAGGACCAAGCUACCCUGAAAGCCAAAGAGAAAGAUAUCGAGAAGCUGAGUGGAAGUUUUACGAAGCUUGAAGAGAAAUGCAAAGAGAACCAGGAAGGCGUCGUCCAGGCCCAGAAGCACUACCAAGCCGUGUCUGCUGGCCUGUCUAGCAGUGAAGAUGGGGAGGAUAAGACACUAGCUGAUCAGCUUAUGACUUGCAAGGCAGAGAUGAAAGCUGCGGAGACAAACCUGAAACAGGCCCAGAGCACACUGAAGAGUGACCAGGCUGAGCUGAAGAAGAAGGAAGCUGAACUCAAGAAAACAGCCAAGGAGUAUGAGAAAGACAAGGCCAACAUGGAAGCAGUGAUCAAGAGCAAGACUAAAUUGGAGGAUGAGAUGAAGAAGCUUGGUUUUGAGGAUGGCAAGGAAGAUGAUCUCGAGAACCAACACAAAGUCCUCUCAGCCAAGGUCGAUAGCCUUUCAGACAAGGUCAACGCACUUACAUCCAGAUUCCCUAAUCUUCAGUUUGAAUACAAGGAUCCUGAGAAGAACUUUGACCGUUCCAAGGUGCAUGGUCUAGUGGCCAGACUCGUAAAGGUCAAGGAUGUCAAGUAUGCUACAUCAUUAGAGGUCACUGCAGGUCGAAAGCUCUACAACGUGGUGGUAGAUACAGAGCAAACGGGCAAGAAGCUCCUGCAGAAGGGAGAGUUGAAACGUCGCUACACCAUCAUUCCCCUCAACAAGAUUGCAGCCCGAUCCAUCUUGGGGGAUACAGUCAGAGCAGCUCAGAAUCUGGUUGGCAAAGAGAAUGUCCGUACCGCCCUGACCCUUGUUGGGUAUGAGAAGGAUGUACAGUCAGCAAUGGAGUUUGUCUUUGGGUCUAGUUUGGUGUGUAAUGAUAUGGCACAUGCUAAGAAGGUGACCUUUGACCCUAAGGUCAAGACAAGGACAGUGACCCUUGCUGGUGAUACCUUUGACCCAUCAGGAACCUUGACCGGAGGUGCGCGGAACAACAGUUCUUCAGUGUUGCGUAAGCUAGCAGAGCUUCAGGAGGUUGAAGAAGCCUUGUUUGUGAAACAGGAAGAACUGAAUGCUGUCAAGAAAGAAUUGGCCAAGAUCAGAGGAUCUGCAGACAAGAUGCGAGCGUUGAAGGAACAAUAUGAUCUCAAGGUCCACGAGGCACAGCUCCUAGAAGAAAGGCUGAAGCAAGGCACACAUCACAGCAAACUAGAAGAAAUCAAUGCGCUCAAAGCAUCUGUUGAGGAGCAAGGGAAGAUGAUCGAGGAUGCUAAGACCAAACAGAAGGAGAUGACAGAGAGAACUAAGAGCCUUGAGGAGAAGAUCAAGAAUGCUGCAGCCGUUAGAGAGAAAGAACUCAAAGCAGCCGAACAGGAGGUUAACAAGGCCAAGAAGAAAGCUGAGGAGACCAAUAAGCAAAUGAAAGAAAAACAACAGGAGAUGAACAGUCUAAAGUUUGAGGUGGACAACCUGAAGCAAGAAAUAACCAAGUAUGAUGACCAGCUGACUGCUAGUGACCAGGCCAUUGAAGCCAUCCAGGCUCAGCAGGAAGAGAUGGAACAACAGGCCAAGGAAUCAAAGGACAAGGUGAAGGAUACAAAGAAGGAGCUGGAUAGACAGAAGGAGAAACUGAAAGAGAAGAACAAAGACAUCCAGACUAAGAUCAGCGAGAGGGAAGAUCUGAAGAAAGAAGACCAGGACACUCAGCUUCAGAUCAAGGAACAAGAACAUGUUGCUGCAAAGAUCCAGAGAGACAGUGCUGAUGCAGUACAUAGGGUGGAAAACCUCAUGGCCAAGUACGAAUGGAUCGCCUCGGAGCGCCAGUUCUUUGGGCAACCCAACACGGCCUACGACUUCAGCAGCUCGGACCCCAAGGAGAAUGGCCGCAGGUUACAGAAGCUGCAGGAAACCAAGGAGAAGCUAGGAAAGAGUGUCAACAUGAGAGCCAUGAACAUGCUCAGCAAGGCAGAGGAGAAGUACAAUGAGCUGAUGAAGAAGAAGCGUAUCGUUGAGAAUGACAAACAGAAGAUCAUGGAUACGAUCAGAGAACUGGACGAGAAGAAGAACGAGGCUCUCAAGAAAGCGUGGCAACAAGUCAAUAAGGACUUUGGCUCCAUCUUCUCAACCCUGUUACCGGGUACAUCAGCCAAGCUGACUCCACCAGAGGGUAUGGGUAUCCUUGAUGGGCUGGAGGUCAAGGUGGCCUUUGGAGAUGUCUGGAAGGAAAGUCUGCAGGAGCUCAGCGGAGGUCAAAGAUCGUUGGUAGCGUUAUCUUUGAUCCUCUCCCUACUGCUCUUCAAACCUGCUCCUCUGUACAUUCUAGAUGAGGUAGACGCAGCCUUGGAUCUCUCGCAUACGCAGAACAUCGGACAGAUGCUCAGGACUCACUUUAAACAUUCACAGUUCAUUGUGGUGUCACUUAAAGACGGAAUGUUCAACAAUGCCAACGUGCUCUUCAAGACCAAGUUUGUUGAUGGCGUAUCCACGGUAACACGCUACGCCCAGCAGCAGUCGUCAAUCCCGCCUGCCAUUCCCGCAUCCUUCGCUCGUGGCAAGAGCACCACCACCAAGAAGACGUCUGCAAAGAGAGCGAGGACGGAGCCGUUGGCAGAAAAGUCAAACUGAUGAUAUGCUUUACUUCUGUGAUAUCUUUUUGAUACAUUAGGUGACCUCAAACUUUUUCUGAAAAUAUCAUUUCACCGUCUCCUAUCUCUUUGCAUCAGUGUUCUGGGCUGGAUUUUUAAGAAAAUGAGAAAAAUCUGAAAAUACAUGUAACCACAUGUUGAUUUGAGUAAAGAAAGUAUGCCAACUAAAACACAUAUGAGGUGUACUUUACUGAAUUCUACUGUGGUGGUAAAAUGCAUAUAGCCUUAUCAAUGUUGGUUCUCUCUCGGUUGAUAUGUGUAAUCAGAAAGGAAAGUUUGAUGGAAUAUUCUUGUGAUCAAAGAAAAUUUGCAUUUUCAUUUUCAUGGUCAUCCUUCAAUUGUCUGUAUUUUCUGCUGUGUAAAUAAAAUGUUCAUCAGAAUAACUAUAACCAAAAUUGAAUCCUUUUAAAUUAUUGAAUAAUGAUUUGUAAAUAAGAAGGUUUUGAAUAGUUCCCCCCCAAGGCCAUUGCCCUCAUCGAGGCAUGUGACAUUUCCAUAUCUGCUUCCCAACGCAGUCGAUCUCUGGGCAACCUUGCACCCACUCACAAGAUUGUAUUUAGCUGAUGCAUGGGUUAUUUAUAAGAACUGGCAGACUCUGUACGGUGGUAUCAACCUGUCCCGAAGAUAAGACUGGAAGAUGAGACGUGUUGAGAUUACCGGUAUCUGACUGGGUAAGAUCAGCAAAGGUUCACUGCUGUCAGAAUUUGACAAUUCAGGGUCGGGAUCAAACACUCGAUGAUAAGAACCAGAUAGAUGAGUGGGCCUUCUUUGAUAACGCUAACCGUUAUUGUCAAAACAUGAUGAUAGGCUAUCGCGGAUGACGUGAUAGCAGUGUAAUAUAAAUAGUAGAUUCCAGUUAGACGAGGAUGGAAUAACGCUGAUUCAGUAGCAGACCUUGUGUUCGUGAUUUCCUUUCCCGUCGUAAUUGAUAUCUCACGGAAGAAGCGUACUCCUUUAUACAGUUGCAAUGCCUGUCAAAAACCUUGAAGUAUCUUGAUAGCAGAUGUUCAAAGGUCUCCAUAUGAUGACCAUUGAUUAGGAGAUUUUCUAAAGCUCUGAAUUGUAAUCUUUCAUAGUGCUGUAUGAAAGAUGGUGUCAGGAUUGAGCGAGGGGAAAAGUUUUCGCUGAACUUCUUAAACGAGAAUCGUAUUUGUGAGCAAAUAAAAAUUUGCAAUUGUGCGAGUAAUCUAUGCUUUG